GAAACAAACCUCCAAUUCAUUGCUAUGAAAAAUAUUAAUAGUACUUUUUUAAAGUUUAAACAUCAAAACUGCAAUUGAAUUAAAUUGUUAUUUCUAAUUUGAUUAUAUAAUUAUAAUAUAUUAUUUAGCACAUAUAAACUAAUUAAAUCAAAACCAUAUCCUGAAAACAUACCGUUUUGCAAUUAUUUUCUUUAAACCUAUGCUGUAAGUGUAAAACAAAACUAAAUCAUCAAAUUAAAUAACAGAAUAGUUUAUUACAACUGGCACUUGUAUAUUAUUACUUUAAUGUACUUAUUUUAGUAAUUUUGAAAAAAACAAGAGCUGAAUUUGAACUCAGAAAAUAAGAGAAAAAGAUUACCCUAAGGUGUUUACUUUCUUUGAUCUAUUUUUGAAAAAUGUUACUAAAUAAUGAAAUAACAUCAAUAGAAUAACAGAAAACUUUCAGUAACAUGAAAUUAAACAGGAUAUUUUGUAGUUCAAUAUAUGUGUAAUUGUCAUUAGAAAUUGACAGUUUAUAUACUGCAGAACUCAGUGUGUAUGCAUGUAUAUAAAUGCAAUAUAUAAUCUAUGCAUAUUUCAUAGAAAAAUAUAAAAGAUGCAUGUUCAAGAUAUAAUAUGAUAAUUAAAAUAUAUUUAAAUAUGUUACAUACUUUACAUAAAAUUAGAUUUACAUAUUGUAAAAUUUAUAAAAAAUUUAACAACCCUGAAAUACAUCUGAAUAUAUUAAAUGCUGUGUAUGCAUCUUCUAUGACUCACGAAUCUGCACUAACAAGAUGCUACUGUAGCAGCAGUUAUACUGGAACACUACGCAAGAACAGAUGUCUUCUAUAAGAAGCCCAAACAAAGGAUUAAGUAAUGAAGUAAUAUGGAUUCAAGAACAAUGAAAUAAAACAAUGAUUGGAAAUAAUAUUUUACAAUUUUACAUUUUGCAUGUUUGGAUAAAAGCAGUCAUAGCUGUAGAUAUUUCAUACUAUAUCAAUGAAGAAGACAGUCCUCACACCUAUAUAGGAGACAUUGCUGUUGACUCCAACUUAUCACACCCUCUCAAACAUGAGCAACGCACUCUCAUUACAUUUACACAACUACAAAGGACAGUCGAGAGUGGUUCUCAAUUAUUCAAUGUCACCAACUCAGGAAAACUCUACACUACUCAAACACUGGAUGCUGAGUCUCUGUGUACAUACAACAAGGAAUGUUCAAGGAUUCUUAAGGUUGCAGUGAGGAAAGCAGAAACGUUCAUAAAAAUAUUAAAGAUAAAAAUAUUAAUAGAAGAUAUCAAUGACCAUUCACCAGAAUUUCGAGAUGAUCAAAUAAAAAUACAAUUUGAUGAAACAGAUGCAAAAGGAUCAACAAAAUCAAUACCAAAUGCUGUUGAUAAAGACAUUAGCCUUCUAAAUUCUAAGAUUACAUAUAAACUGAAAGACAAAAGUAAGAAAUUCUCACUAUCCAUAUUUAAAGGGUUUGAUGGAGUAAACUUACUUAAAAUAACCCUAGAAGAAAUGUUAGACAGAGAAUUAAAAGACACUUAUACGUUACUGUUGAUGGCUAAAGAUGGUGGCUCUCCACAAAAAGAAGGUUCUUUGAAGAUAGAAAUCUCAGUUACAGAUGUCAAUGAUAACCAACCAAUGUUUACUCAGAAAUCAUAUAAUAUUUCCAUCAGUGAUACACAUCACAAAUCUUCUCCUGUUUUUGUUUUAUCAGCAACAGAUUUAGAUUCUGGCCAAAAUGGGAAUGUUACUUACUAUUUACAUAGAAAUACAAAUAAAUAUGCCAGAAAACAUUUCAAAUUGAAGAGUAAAUCUGGAGAAAUUUUCCUUAAUAAUAAUUUCUUAAGUAAUAAAGAAAGUAAAUACCAACUAUACAUUGAAGCCAGAGAUGGUGGAAAACCAUCUUUAAGUUCUACAACAAUAUUAAUUAUUAAUAUAAUUAACAAUCAGAAUAAUGCACCAACAAUAAAUAUAGAUUUUGUAUCUCCACUAACAAAAACUUCUACUGCUAUUUCAGAAGGAAGUAAAAUUGGAAGUUUUAUAGCUUAUGUUAUGGUCAUUGACACCGACAGUGGGCGUAAUGGACAAAUAAAAUGUAAUAUUCAUCAUAAAAUGUUCCAGCUUUCCAAUAUGGGUUCUAAAGAAUAUAAAAUAUUGGUGAAAGAACCUCUUGACAGAGAAACUAUAGAUCAUUAUAUUGUUUCUAUUGUAUGUCAUGACAUGGGAUCACCUCCAUUAAAGACUAAGAAACAGUUCUCUGUCAAAGUAACUGAUGUCAAUGAUGUAGAACCACAUUUUACCAAAGAGACAUUCCAAUUCCUCACCUAUGAAAACCAGAAAGUUGACUUCCCUAUUGGCUUCAUCAAUGCUACAGACCCAGAUCUUGGAGAUGGAGGCCAACUUACAUAUUCUAUCAUCAAUGAUAACAACAAUGAUAACAUUCCUUUCCAACUGACGAAAUAUGGAUUUAUUUCUACAUCACAACCAAUAGAUCGAGAAGUUAAAGACAUUUAUAAUUUACAGGUAUUAGUCAAAGACAACGGAAUGCCUUCUCUGAAUAACACUGCCAACAUUCUUAUAGAGAUUCUAGAUAAAAAUGAUAAUGCACCUUAUUUCAUCUUUCCUAAUAAUGACCCUUACAAUCUCGAUGUCCACUAUCAUCCACACAGUAAGAAGGACAUCACAAUUCUGAAAGCAUCUGACAAAGACACUGGAAACAAUGCUUUCCUCACAUAUGGAAUACUGAGAUCCAAUGAUAAAAAGCUGUUUACGGUGAACUCACACACUGGUGUGUUAUCUUUCUCUCGCACAGUUUACCAAAAUGAUGCAGGAACAUAUGAGCUGCAGUUUACAGUGAAAGACGGUGGUACUCCAGUUCAAUCAGCAACAACUGCUAUCAUACUAACACUGUUUGUUAGUAAUGAUACAUCUCCAAUGUUGACUGCUGUUCACUCACAGUCUGGUAACAACCUGAAUAUGACUUGGAUAAUUAUCAUUGUAGCAGCAGCUGUAAUACUAUCUGUGGCUGUUGUAGUGUCAAUAACAAUGUGUGUUUUCAGAUGUAUUAAUCACAUUAAUAAUUCACCUACAACAAAAGAUAAUCCAAAAUUUCUCUCUCAGACUGAAAUGAGACAAAUAUUGUAUCAGACCAACAAUCCUGUUGCAAUAACUCAGAAUGCUGAAGAGAUAUUUAACAGAAAUCUUCAGUCAAUAAACCCCAAAAGUCCAUAUUAUCCAGAGAUGGAACAAUCAGCCAAUGGAUGGAAAUUCGCAACAACACACAGAAGAUUACCAUCACUUCCUCAGAAUUAUAAUAAAGAUAUGGUAGAGGACCGAGCUGAACAAAAAUGUUAUAAUGAUAGUAUUAUCACAGCAAACAACUUGAAUGGCACUCUACCCUCACAUAAGGAACAGAACCGUGGGUGGAGUGAUGGUGACAUUACACAUCAAGUAUCUGGUAUAUCAGAAUACAGCAACUAUCACCCAAAUAUACCUCCAACACCAAAAUGUAAACAAGAACAAGAAACCUAUUUAGAGCCUGUAUGAUGUACAUUGUAUUUACUUUACACUCAUAACAAUAAAUGAUAUUUACUUCUCAGAACACAUAGAACAAACCAACAAAUAAUUUAGUAUUUCACUCAAAAUAUUUAAAUGUAUUCAUAAUUAUUAGAUAUAUAUUUAUUAUGAUAUUUGAAUAGAUUUCGGGAAUUUAUGUAGAAGUCAUAAAACUGACAUUAGUUUUAUUGAAGCCUUUGCAGCAUUGAUAAAAACAAAUAUUAAUAUAUCUUUCACACUGAUUACCAUUUUCAUUUCAAGAAUUUAUAUUUUCCACAAGUAAUCAAACAGAGAUGUCUUUAAGGUGCAAAAUACAUGAUAACCUAGUUUCACUUCCUUAGUUAUAACCAUCUUUCUUCAAAAAUAUCACUAAAGCCCAUUUCUCUUUCUCUAGCCAAAUCCUCGAAUUUUAUGCAGCUAUAUUUAGAGAGAAUUACUAUGGUCUCAAACAGUAAUGACAUCAAAAGAGAAAGGGCUAAUUACACAUGCAGUAGCAUUGAAAAUCCUUCUCACUUUUCACCACCCCACUAGCCUCUCCCUCUUCUCUUCUCCCUUUCUCUGUGACAUUGCAAUGCCAUAUAACCAAUUAUUUUGUUUUUUGCAAUAACUAAAACUUAAACAAAAUUAUUUAAGAUUUGAAAUUAUUAUUUCAUUACAAAAAUUCAUAUAUAGAUUUUUACUAAAUUUUUAACAUGAAAAUAAACUCUUUUUAAUAGUAAAAUGAUGAUUCCUAACAUAGGCACAGUUUCAAAUUUGGUGGGAAGGAUAUAGAUGAUUAAAUCAAACCUAGACUUGACAGGCCUAUGCAGAAUGAAAGACAAAUCAACUUUGGCAAGAUCUGAACUUA